GAAGGGCACAUUUAUAUCGAAGUCCAUGGACGGCAUCUUGUCUCUUAUAUAAUUUAUUUCAGUCUUGUAUUUUUUAUUUCACUUGAAAUCAUGAAAGCUAAAAAGAUGAAGAAAGAGAGCAACCUAGCAAAACUGGUGAAAUCUCCGGUUCGUUUUUUGAUCAUGGCACGUGAUGCCUACAUACGUAGCAUGACAUCAUGCUCCGCCGGUUAUAUUCGUGGUGGUGGUGGCUCCGGCGGUUUCGGUUUGCCGGCUGGUAAUUUCCAAAUCUGCGAAGAACCAAGCACCACUCUCCCUCGUAGCUUCACACUCAAUUCGUCCACGACGACGGCAGCGACACGUGAACGCUGCCGGUUUGUCUCGGACUACUCACGUGGUGGUGGAGAAAUCACGGUGGCGACUGGAGGACCGUUGGACCUCCGAAGAAACUAUAGCUGCAUAGUGAUGGGAAGGAUCGAUGAAGAGCAGGCUUGUGAUAAGUUCGAAGAAGAGGAUUUGCUAUUUGACAAAUUCAAGAAACGAAAAACAGAUAGAGUUUUUACUAUACGUCCAAGAUAAAAGAAAAAAAAAGUAAAGACCCUUUGAAUUUUUCGUUUUGUUUUCCUCUUUCUCGUUGAUUUUUAAAGGGAUUGAUUUUGUUUUCAUUGUUAAGUUGUUGUGCUUACAGGUUUCUUGUUAGUAUAUAAAUUUCAAUACAUGUAGGAACCUUCUCUCCUAA